AAUCACGUGUAUAGUCACUUUUAUCUUCCCUUACGUUUUUCGGUUGGCGGUUUUUUCCUAACCGGAAUGCUGAAGGUGCAUUAAGUAAGCAGGAAGUUGAUGUUUACUAUGUUUCCCAUGGUUCCUGAACACAGCACAGUGAACAUUGCUUGCAGCUGCCCGUGUCGGUGUGGUGUGAAGGAGGGGGGAAUGAGCUGAGCUGGAGGCUUGUUCAGCCAUGUUAGUUUUCUCUACUGUUCACAAACGAUGAGACAGAGGAGCCAUGGCCUUGUCAUUGAGCGGAGACGAUGAGGAAUAUGAUUCAGAGUCGGAACAGCAGCGUGCGGCAAACCGUCCAAAGCCCAAGGUAGGGACAUCAUCGACUGUUAAGCUGCCGUCCAACCGCAGCUCAUCUGGAGCCAGACGCCGGAGGACACGAUGCAGAAAGUGCGAAGCAUGCCUCCGGACCGAGUGUGGAGAAUGUCACUUCUGCAAAGAUAUGAAGAAGUUUGGAGGGCCGGGGCGCAUGAAACAGUCCUGCAUUAUGAGACAGUGCAUUGCGCCGGUUCUGCCUCACACAGCGGUGUGUGUGGUGUGCAAAGAGGCAGGGAAAGAGGACACACUGGAGGAAGAGGAGGACAAGUUCAACUUCAUGCUGAUGGAGUGCUCCAUCUGCAACGAGAUCGUCCACCCCAACUGUCUCAAGGUGAGCGAUGCCUCAGGAGUGGUGAACGAUGAGCUACCCAACUGCUGGGAAUGUCCCAAAUGCAACCACGCUGGCAAAAGUGGGAAAGUAUUGAAGCAAAAAAGGGGUCCAGGGUUCAAGUACGCCUCCAACCUCCCUGGCUCUCUGCUGAGGGAACAGAAGCCUGUGAAGGAGGAGGGGGACGUUUCUUCUGCAGCCAAGAGGAGACCAGACAGAGAGGAGACACCUCGGUACAGACCCGAGGAGUCUCUCCACCGACAGCCACCACUGCUCUCCCCCAGCAACCUGCCCCGGCCCAGGCUUGAGGACAAACUGAGGAAGAAGAGGAAGCUGUUUGAUGAUGAUGAGGAAGAGGAUAUCAGUUUGAGGAAGAAGGAAAAGUCCGAUGAUCCUUAUUUUUCCAAACUUCUGCACCAAAUCAAGACAGAAGAGGAGGACGAUGACGCAUAUGAGGAGGAGGAUGAAGAAAUAAGGGAGCCUCACUUCCGGGGUGGUGUAGAGAGGAAAGGCCGUUUUGGAGACGCUGAAGACGAAGAGGAUGAAAAAGACUCCAAGAGUGUACUUCUGAACUCCUACAUUAAAACGCCUGUUGGAGACAGCGACCAGUCUCACUGCAGCUCUCCGCAGGCUGGCCCCAGCAGUGAGGGUGGCAGUGAGACCCAGGAGAAAGGGCCACGUCCAAAGGCUCGUCGCAAGCGGCGUUUGCCUAACAGAGAGCUGAGCCGAGAGCUGAGCAAAGCACUGAACCAAGAAAUCCAGAAGACUGAGGACUGCCUGGCCAACGAGAACCGCCAACCCCUCAAGGUGGAGCCGGAGACGGAAAACGAGGAGCCCAAGAGGUUGUUCCGCAACGGCAGUGAACUCGGGGAUCAGAGGCCCCACCUCAAGACCAAAGAGAUGAACGGGACCCCCUGGGAGCUGCGCCACUUCUACCCAAGUCAGAUCACUCCACUGGGCUUCAACAGGAGCACUCCAACCAACCGGCCGGUGCCCCCACACUCCCCACCCAAGUGUGUCCAAAUGGAGCGGCACGUCAUUCGGCCCCCUCCGAUAAGCCCGCCUCCCGACAGACUGCCUCUGAAAGAUGGUAAAACACACGUCAUACAGCGCGAGGUCUGGAUGAAGAUCUUUGGCUAUCUCACACACAAGGAGCUGUGUGUCUGCAUGAGAGUUUGCAAGACAUGGAACAGAUGGUGUUGUGAUAAGAGACUUUGGACAACGAUUGAUCUGAACCGCUGCACCUCCAUCACUCCGCUCAUGCUAAGUGGGAUUAUCCGCCGACAGCCAGUUUCCUUGGACCUCAGUUGGACAAACAUUUCCAAGAAACAACUAAGCUGGCUCAUUAAUAGAUUGCCAGGUCUGCGAGUGUUAAAGUUGUCGGGGUGUUCUUGGGCGGCUGUAUCUGCACUCUGCACCUCCAGUUGCCCUCUGCUGCGCACCUUGGAUGUCCAGUGGGUGGAGGGACUCAAAGAUGCACAGAUGAGGGACCUUCUUUCACCGCCCACAGACAACAGACCAGGUCAACUGGACAAUCGCUGCAAGUUAAGGAAUGUUGAAGACCUGCGGCUGGCGGGGCUUGACAUCACCGACACAUCUUUGCGUCUCAUCAGUCGCCAGAUGCCUUCUCUGUCCACGCUGGAUCUGAGCUACUGCAACCAUAUCAACGACCAGUCAGUCAACCUGCUGACAGCAGCGGGGACCACGACGCGAGACUCCCUCACAGAGAUCAACUUGUCAGUUUGUAACCGGGUCACAGACCAUUCCCUGAACUUUUUCAAGCGCUGCGGAAGCAUCUGUCAGAUCGACCUCCGCUUCUGCAAGCAGGUGUCCAAGACAGCGUGUGAAAGGUUCAUCGCGGAGAUGUCUGUCAGCGUACCGUUUCGACUGAAAGAGGACAAACUGCUGCAGAAGACGAGCUAGUUAUGAACGGGACAAAAAUGAUCGAAAAACUGUUUGCACUUAUUUCAACAAGUUUUUUUUUUUUUCUUUUUAAACUGGUUCUGUGAUGAGUCUCUGAAUCAAUGGCGGAGGACGUUUUCCUGGAUGGAGAUCAUAGAUGGACUGAGGAGGUGACACACAUUCACUGGACAGAUAAAGAGAAAACAGCAUGCAUGUAUUUGUGUUGCGAUUGUACUUUUAUAGAGACGUGCUUGUAAUUGACUGUCGGGUUGUUUAUUUUUAUCUUUAAAUAUUUGAGAACGCAGUAUUUUUAUACAAGCAUCAUUCCAUGAGUUUACAGUGUCUCAGGAGCUAAAUAUCAGAGACUGUACAGCAUGUGAACUGAAAACUGUCCCCAUCCUCAGUUUGCCUUCAUACAACAGUGUCUUCUAUGUGCCAAAAUCUGUAUUUGACAUUCGGUAUCAGACAAAAAAAAUAACCUGUACAGAAAUAAAUAUUUGACUAAAUUAUCAUAAAUACUUCCCAAAUAUUUAGAAUGUAUUUCAAGAAUGAUAAAACAGAGUAAACAAAUGUCAUAUUCCUGUUACACCCUCAUGUCUUCACUUACCUUAAUACUUUUAUGACUGUUGAGUGUUGUGUUUGACGGGCUUUUCUUCAACAUUUCAACAUUAAUUUAUUGAUUUUGUUUUUUUUUUAUAACAGUUUGUAUUUAUUCAUUUAUUCAGUAACUUGACAUUGAUGUCUCAGAGCUGGGUCAAAUAAUGCUUGCAGAUAAUUUAUCGGGGUGCUUGAGCUUGUUGCAGCAUCCAGUUUGGGGAGUUAAACACCCAAAAGUCAGUGGCAGUGAAAUUGCAAUUUUGUAAUUGUCACAGCAAAUGUGUGACUGACGAUUUACUUCACACUGACUUUAUAAAAUGCAGUCAACCCCACACAUCUGGUUCUUCACACAGGUUUAAGAAAGACUUUUGCAAAUAACUAAUUUGCAUAUGUUUAAAUAAUAACUCCAUACAGUAGGUGUUGUGUGUAUUUUGGGGUGUGUUGUGCUGUAAUCUAUCACCUCAGGUGAAUGUGAUAAUGUUUAUAUUUGUAAAUCCAAAAACGAAGUGCUAACAUGCAUUAAAAGAAUUUCAUUUGUACCAUCA